UUUUGAUCAGGAAAUAUUGCUUUUCUGGUGGUACAAAAAAUAUUACAGAGUUACCAUGGCUUUUUAUGGUAAUAGGGUGACAACUCUGGUUUUUAGCAGAUAGGUCUUAUCGAACGAAAAUUGCUAACGAAGCAAGCCUUGAGUUCCUGAAAAAUAUUACGUCUGACAAUUUAGUUCCACAUUUGAUAUUAACAAAUCGGAGCUGCUGCUGACUUGUGAUUUUUUCUAAACGAGCAAUGGCGAGUCGGCCGGAAAAGGAAUUCGAAGAUUCUUCGGAAGAGGAAAAAAAGGCAUUUUUGAAACUCUUGUUCAGCAAAAUGUUGAAGAGAAUCACCGGAGCGGACUUGGAGGAGGAUGCAUCAUCGUCGGAGGAAGCAUCAUUGGAGGAGGCAUCAUUGGAGGAGGCACCAUUGGAGGAGGCACCAUUGGAGGAGGCACCAUUGGAGGAGGCACCAUUGGAGGAGGCACCAAUGGAGGAGGCACCAUUGGAGGAGGCACCAUCCACAAGCCACAGGCGUAAGAAGAAGAAGCGCCUAAGGAAGUAUUCUUCGGAGGACGCAGAAGAGGAGGAGGAAGGGUCCUCCACAAGCCGCAAGCGCAAGCGCAAGAAGAAGCGCCGCAAGAAGUCCAAGUCUUCUGACAGGGCCCGAAUGCCCGUAGAAUAUCCAGAAAUAGAUGAACCAUUAGGAGCAGACACAACCCCUGAACCGCUUUCGCCCUGUGGCCCGGUCUUAGAACCGUCGGCCGAAGAGUAUAGUGUGGAAGAUGUGGAUUUGAAUGGUGUGGUGGAGCCGUUGGAAGCGGAGGGUCCUGAGAGUUCUAUGGCAAGUCAGGAGAAGUCACAAUCUCCACCCUCCGAAGCAAUGGUAUGCGUGGUGUCCUAGGCAUCCUCGAAAGUAGGCGAAGGUCCUACCAACCUAAGCCCCUAAGCACUCAGAAACCGAAGAAAAGACGACCCGAAUAUA